AUGGCUGCUGUGCGCUUAUCUCAAUCUCCCCAAGCUCGCCACAUAUGCCUCAACGGCGACAUUAAGAGCCUUGCGGCUGUCCAUGGUAUUACCUGUCCCAGUAGCUCUUUUUGGUCUUUCUUAGCUUUCAAUUACAACCCCAGCAUUAACUUAACUAUACAUGACAACCUCAAUGUAGAGUCCAUGACCUGCAUUUGCCAAUUCUGCAAUCUCCACAAAUGGGCCGGGGAUCCUGCCUGUCUGUGCUGCUCCUCCAUCAAAGUUCGACUGCCACUUCUGCAUGAACCACCUACCCUGCUGAGGGGACUAAUAGCCAGCUCCGAUCCCGAUUCCAACCACUUCCUUAAAACAAUUAGGCAAUACAACAACUCCUUUCAGAUGACCUCAUUUGGGGCUCAGGUGGUCGAGAAGUGGGUUGGAUGCCCACUUUCAAAGUACAGGGGCAGGUAUACCACUGCAUUAGGUCUCUGCUGCCUGAGGAGACCUCUACACCUAAAUUCCUUCAACUGUACUUUAUUGCAGACUACAACCUACAGGCCAAAACCCAGAUUGGUAUUUUGCCGCCAUCAGAAAAAGUUCCUCGCAGGGACAUCAUACUACUACUUCAGACCAUGCUUCACGAGGUUAACAGCUACAUUUGCAGUUUCAAAUAUGCUUUGUAAAAUGCUCCCUUUCCUUCCUUCAGCAUUGUAA